AUGGCCAUCGGCCCUAUCGCUCAUUACCACGAAAUUUCCAAGUACUACUCCACCGUCAAGCCCCGCCCAAAUAAGGAAGUUGACGCCGACUCGCCGUACGUCACCAUCGUCAUUAUGCCCUUGGUCGUCUCGCUCAAGAAGGCCAAGCAGGCAUACGUUCGUCAGGGCGGUACCCCGAACAUCUUCAUCAAUGACGAUGGUAUGCGCUCGUACGACGACGAAGACCGCACGAUGUGUCUUGCACUCUACGAGACGCACGGUAUCGGUUGA